AUGGCAGGCAUAUUCGAGGCGCCGCGCAAUGCGGAUACUCUUUUCCUGGGUGGGCAGAAAAUCACCGGCGCCGACGUCCGUGAGCAGAAUGUUCUCGCAACUCAGGCUAUCUCAAAUGUCAUUAAGAGCUCAUUUGGUCCCUCCGGAUUGGACAAGAUGAUGGUAGACGACAUAGGGGAUGUUACUGUUACAAACGAUGGCGCUACUAUUUUGACACUUUUGGAUAUUGAGCACCCCGCAGGCAAGAUCCUCGUCGACUUGGCCCAGCAGCAGGACAAGGAGGUUGGAGAUGGCACAACCUCGGUCGUUUUGAUUGCCUCAGAACUCCUCCGGAGAGCCAACGAACUGAUGAAGAACCGCAUACACCCCACCACCAUCAUCAGUGGAUACCGUCUUGCCCUUCGCGAAGCUGUCAAGUACAUGAACGAGAAUGUCACAACUAAGGUGGAAAACCUGGGCAGAGACAGUCUGAUCAACAUUGCAAAGACCUCGAUGUCUAGCAAGAUCAUUGGUUCUGACUCGGACUUUUUUGCCAAUAUGUGUGUGGAUGCGAUGUUGCAAGUGAAGUCUGUAAACCAGAGGGGUGAGGUUAAGUACCCCGUCAAGGCUGUGAAUCUUCUCAAGGCCCACGGAAAGAGUGUCACUGAGUCUGUUCUUAUCAACGGUUAUGCUCUGAACUGCACAGUGGCCUCUCAAGCCAUGACCACCCGCGUCACCAAUGCCAAGAUCGCCUGUUUGGAUAUGAAUUUGCAAAAGGAGCGGAUGAAGUUGGGUGUGCAGAUCACAGUAGAGGACCCCGAUCAGUUGGAGAAGAUUCGUGAGCGCGAGGCCGGUAUUGUUCUGGAGCGCGUUGAAAUGAUUCUGAACUCCGGCGCCAAUGUCAUCCUGACCACCAAGGGUAUCGACGACAUGGUUCUCAAGACUUUCGUAGAAAAGGGUGCUAUGGCUGUUCGCCGCUGCAAGAAGGAGGAUUUGCGCCGUAUUGCUAAGGCCACCGGUGCUACCCUUGUCAGCACUUUGUCUGACCUGAACGGUGAUGAGAAGUUUGAGGCUUCAUAUCUCGGCUCCGCCGAUGAGGUCGCCCAGGAGCGUAUUUCGGAUGACGAGUGCAUCCUUGUCAAGGGAACCAAGGUUCACAACUCUGCCUCGAUCAUCCUCCGCGGCGCCAACGAGUUCAGCUUGGAUGAGAUGGAGCGCUCUGUUCAUGACACUCUUUGCGCUAUCAAGCGAACCUUGGAGAGUGGAAGUAUUGUGCCCGGAGGUGGUGCUGUGGAAACCGCCCUGCACAUUUACUUGGAGGAAUUUGCUGUCACAGUGGGCUCCCGUGAGCAACUUGCUAUUGGCGAAUUCGCCCAGUCUCUGCUUGUUAUCCCCAAGACCCUGGCUGUCAAUGCUGCCAAGGACUCAUCUGAGUUGGUUGCCCAGCUUCGUGUCCGCCAUGCCUUGUCACAACGUGUGCAGGAUGGUGAUGCUAAUGAGGAGGAGAAGGCCAUCGCUAAGAAGAAGACAUACCGCAACUACGGUUUGGACUUGACAAAGGGAAGAGUUCACGACACCCUCAAGGCCGGUGUUCUGGAGCCCAGCAUGAGCAAGAUUAAGCAGCUCAAGAGUGCUGUUGAAGCCUGCAUUGCCAUCAUGCGCAUUGAUACAAUUAUCAAGCUGGACCCUGAGCAGCCGCAGGAUGACGGCCACGGUCACUAA